AUGUUGAGAGUUCCUACCAUAUGUAAGGCAUAUGCUGUUCCAGCUGCUAGAAUAGCUACAAGAAGCUAUGCCACUUCAAGAAUACCACAACCAAAAGAUGUGAAAAAAAUUGAUGAUCGUUCACCAUCUCAAAUUGCAACAUCAUCUACAUUAAACAUUGAAAUUCCAGAAAAUAAAGCACCUGUUAAACCAAAGACCAAGAGACCAAUGCUUUCAGAUUCUAAAUAUGAAAAAGAAGGUUAUGAAUUAUCAGGGUUUAUGAAAAAUAUUGGUGAAUCUGUCAUUUCAAUUUUAAGAUUAGAUAUGGAUAAAAUUAGAGCAGGUCCAAUUGCCGGUUCAGUUUAUUAUGCAGAAUGUAAGAAACAAGGUUUACAAUUCGAGAAUGAAGAACUAAGUGAAAGUGCUGCAUUUUUUUAUGAAGAUUUGAAAUUACCAAGAACUUUUUCACAAUGGUUUCAAAUUACUGCAUUACAUCAAUGGAUGCUUUCUGUUAGAAUGAGAGCUAUGCCUUUUAAAUAUGGGCGUAAUUAUCAACAAAAACUUGUUGAUAGAUUCUUUAGAGAUAUGGAAUUAAGAUUGAAUGAAGAAAUGAAUGUGAAUUCAAGUAGGAUCACUGAUCAAUAUUUAAAAGAUUAUAAUUCACAACUGAGAGGGUUGGUGUGCUCAUAUGACGAAGCAUUUGUCACGGAUGAUGUCACGUUGGCACAAGCAUUAUGGAGAAAUUUGUUCAAUGCUCAAAAAAAUGUUGAUAUGAUGCAUUUAGAAGCUAUGGUUAGUUAUGUUAGAGGUCAACUUUAUGUUUUAUCAAAGAUGUCUGAUAGAGAUUUUGCAUUUGGUAAAUUUAAAUUUGUUUCACCAAAUGAAGUUGUUAAAAGAUUUACAGCUGAACAAGAGGCUGAAAUUUUGAAGAAGGCUAAAGAAGAAUAUGAACCAAAAGAAGGUAAAAAGAUCUUACCAAGUGAAAGAAGUUCAUUAUCAUAUGAAAACUAA